AUGGAUAACAAAUUUAAGCACCCACUGGAUCAUUGGGGUCAGAUUCUGGCACUAGUAGGGUUUAAGAAGUAUUCUGCUGAUGAUUGCCUGAAAACGUGGCUCGAUCUCGCAAGAUAUGCACGCGAAAUCUUCAAGGCUCAGGCUACGAGACGAUACGUCCUCGGAUUUACCCUCGCCGGUUCAAUCAUGCAUCUGUGGAAUUUUGACCGCGUCGGGGCGAUUGGUUCAGCCAAGGCCGACAUCAAUCAAGAUGGAUUGCAAAUUGUAUCUGUUGUGCUGGGGUUUCUUUACAUCGAUAAGCAGGCUCUCGGAUUUGAUCCUACCGUCAUCACAUCAGGCAACAAACGCCAUAUUGAGAUUGAUCAAGAAGGGCAGCAAAAGCGCCUCAUACUUGGCACCCUAUUGAGUCCAUCUUCUGGUAUAGUGACGUGA